AGCAGGUGGACAAGUAAGGUUGAGCCAACUGGGCAGCGAAAUGUGAAGUUGCAGUUACGUUUGCAUCAGCCGUGGCGCUUCUCAUCAGUCUCAAUGUCUACCCCAAAACGCGAUAGCAGUACAAGGUUGUUCUCAUUUCUAUCGACUCUACACACCCUAAACCUUACCUUCCUUUUUUCCUCCUUCCAAUUUCACUUGCCAAACACUGUACUGUAAUCUCCAUUCUCCAAAACAUAACUCUGUCCAUACCCUCGCAUGGCUUCUUCCGCCUAAAACACUUGAUGAUCGCUUAACAUCUACUGAUAUUAAGUUUGUAGGUACUGCUGGAGCCUUUAGUAUUUUUAUUAUCAAUACAAGAAAUCUACUGGUCCAAAACAUGUCCAAGGAUCAGCCUUCUCUGGCCGUAGAUGAAAAUGUGGUUGAUCCUUCAAGGGCUGCUAUUGCUAUUGGGUCUUUAGGGGUUGAUGAUUCACCCAUCGCUUGUCCUUCUCAGACACAGUCAGUCUACCAUGGAGGUAAUGGAAAUAUGGUUGGCACAUGGGGUACAUGCCUUCCAGAUGUUAAUGCUGAAGGCUUGGAAAAUAGUUCUUAUGGCAUCUACGAUGAUUCUUCAUCACUUCCAUUUCAUGGCCAUGGGUACACUCCUCAAAUGCCACAGAGGCCAUUUGCCUCAUUCACAACACCUCCCCCUUCUGUAAAUUGUCUUGGCCCUCUAUACAAUGUCCAAGAGUUACCAAACUCAGAUGCACCUUUCUACGAACAAUUCAUGACACCAAAUGUUCCUAACAUUGCUUCACAAACCGCACUUUCUUCUGCUAAGUGGCCAGUUAGCACUAAUCCUCAAGGAGAUGGCAACAUAUUUGGGCCUCAACCAAGUUAUCUGCCUGCAAUGGGAUCUUUCGGUAGAGGAAGCAAUUUUUCAGGAGAUUCUGGAGGAUUUAAACUCUUGCAGCAGAGAUAUGAUGGGUUUGAAAGCAGUGGGUUGUGGUCAGAUUGGUCAAAACCUAGGAAUGGGAAGGGUUCUGUGGUGCAUUUGUCAUCAUCAACAACUGGUCCAAAACCAAUUGGUUCACUAGGUUUUUCUGCAAAUCAUUUUGGAAUGGCUUCUCAACAAAAGGAAUCAUUUUAUGGAUUUGGAUCUCAUUUAGGCCCCGGCUAUAAAAGCUAUCCUCAAGGUCAAACUAAUCGAAACUCUGGCUAUGAUGUUUCCUCUUCCAUGUUUGGAAUGAAUGGUCAGAACUGGCCCACACUUCAUGAAGCAAGACAGGGGGGAAGGUGCAAUGACUUUUCAUGCAGUUGUAAUGUUGCAGUUGAUACAUUAGGUGAGCGAAAUAGAGGACCUAGGGCAUUCAAACCAAGAAGUCAGACAGGAGCAAAUGAGUCUGUGAUUGAUAAUCACAGGAAUGCAGUUUCUGAUGUUUAUAAUGAGUCUUACAACCGCCUUGAUUUUGUCACUGACUACAAGGAUGCGAGGUUCUUUGUUAUCAAAUCUUACAGUGAAGAUAAUGUUCAUAAGAGCAUAAAGUAUGGUGUUUGGGCAAGUACCCCAAAUGGCAACAAGAAAUUAGAUGCUGCAUAUCAUGAGGCAAAGGAGAAACAUGGGACAUCUCCACUCUUUCUGUUGUUUUCGGUGAACGCUAGUGCUCAGUUCUGUGGAGUAGCCGAGAUGGUUGGGCCUGUGGACUUUGACAAGAGUGUAGAUUACUGGCAGCAGGAUAAGUGGUCUGGACAGUUUCCUGUCAAGUGGCACAUUAUUAAAGAUGUUCCUAACAGUCAGUUUCGUCAUAUUGUGCUUGAAAAUAAUGACAACAAGCCAGUCACUAACAGCAGAGACACUCAAGAGGUAGAACUGGAACAUGGUGUUGAAAUGUUAAAAAUAUUUAAGAACUAUGAAAGUCAUUCAUCCAUCCUAGAUGAUUUUCAUUUUUAUGAAGAGCGGCAGAAAGCGAUGCAGGCAAGGAAGUCAAAACAGCAUCAGCGAGUAAGCCUGGUGCCUACUUCAGUGAUUGGAGAUGGUGAACAAAAUCCUGUUUCAGUUUCUAAUGAUUUCACAAAGAAAAUGUCUAAGAGCUUUGCUGAAGCUGUAUCUCUUAAUGAGACCGAAACAAAGUUGUCUAUUUCACAUCUGCCUCAGGGGGCCAUGGGAGCUCAACAUGAAAAACGAAGCUGACAGAAACAGCAUAUCCAGCUAAUUGGAUAGGUAGGAAAUUUAUUUUAGGUGUCUUGAACAGGGAAGUUUGAACUUUAUAUUACCUCUCAUUCUCUGUUUUUGUUUCCAUUUAUUUGAUUUUAUUAUAUUUGAAUUUACAUGGAGAUUAUCUGGAUUGUUUGAUAAGAUUUAUGGGGUUGGCAUAUUACAUACAAUAUAUAUUUUUGUUUUACAA